GCUUGCUAAGCAUUCACAUUUUAACGUUCAACUGAUCACGACGUGUGCGUAAAUAAGCGGCAUAGUUGCGUAAAAAGAUUACACAAAUAAAAAUAAUCUGUGUAAUACUGUGAUAAAUUGAAAACUUGCAAUUAAUUCGAAAGGAAUUAUUUCAUAUUAUUUGAAAUUGCAACACUCGAAGCGUUCAAAAACUAAAACGGUAUUCUUACAAUAAUUUCACAUACACUUUUUAAGGCAAAACCCUUUACAUUUUAAACCAAAAACAAAAAUGUCUGUCAAUCGUGCACCAAAGUCUGGCUUUGCAGCUGAAGCUCAACGUAAGAUUAAUUCCAAAUACAGCGAAGAAUUGGCUCAAGAAUGCCUAGAAUGGAUCAAAGUCAUUACAAGUGAGCCCAUCAACACCUCCGGUGAUAUGGAUAAUUUCUUUGAAGUCUUGAAGGAUGGUGUUCUCUUGUGCAAAUUGGCAAAUUGCCUACAACCUGGUUGCAUCAAAAAGAUCAAUGAAAGUAAAAUGGCUUUCAAAUGCAUGGAAAAUAUCUCAGCCUUUUUGGAAUGUGCCAAGAACUUUGGUGUACCCACCCAAGAGACAUUCCAGAGUGUAGAUCUUUGGGAAAGACAAAACCUGAACUCGGUUGUUAUCUGCAUUCAAUCUUUGGGUCGUAAGGCUCACAACUUUAACAAACCCUCAAUUGGUCCCAAGGAAGCUGACAAAAAUGUUCGCAAUUUCACCGAAGAACAGUUGCGUGCCGGCCAAAAUGUUAUUUCUCUGCAGUAUGGUUCCAACAAAGGUGCCAACCAAUCUGGCAUCAAUUUUGGCAACACCAGACACAUGUAAAGCUAAAAAUAUCAUCUUCCAUUUUUUCGUUUGAAAAAGCAAAUCCCACAUUCCGGAUGAUCUGUUGGUUAUUACAAGUGAUAAUUAAACAUUCCGGAUGAUCUACAACAUUCCUGUUUUAUUCUGUUCCAUUACUUAAUUAUUAUUAUUAUCACAUUCAACGACAUCCAAACUAAAUAAUUUCCCUUUAUUUCCCUUUUGUCAUAUACAAAUGUUCUUCUUUUGUAUGCUAAGAGUAUGAAUAAUAGACAUAAAAACGUUAAUUAUAUUUUUUACAAUAAUUUGUUUUUUUAUUAUUUUCUCUGAGUUUCGUAUAAUAGAAAUUAUGAAUUCCCUUCAAGCACAGUUGGCACCCAAUUCUCAAAAUAAAUAAAAUUUAAACUCACGACAAACAAUAACGAUUGUGAACCCCUUAAAUUUUUUGGAAGAAAUAGAUCACCUCACAUGACAGGCGAGCCAGCAUAUGUUUGUCCACUUGAUACAGUUAUACAUAAGCGAUUAUGGCUUAUAUGUAUAUGUGCCAUUAAAAAGUUAAUCUUUAUUAUAUAACAACUAUAUUUGUAGGCGAUAAUUUUUGAAUUGCAUUUGGCAUACUCCAAAAAAAAAGAAAACUUAUUCAAAUUUUAACGAAAAAGAAAUAAAUUCCGAUUUGAAUUAUAUAUUUGCAUUUGCGACAAUAAAUACAUGUUCAUAUGAAUUGAAAAAUAUAUAUUAA